GGAAGGGAAAAAAAGGAAAAUCAAAGUAUUUUUUGGAAGGAAGAUAAACUGUUGUGUUUAUACACACAAAUUGUAUCUGCAAAAGUAGUGUAAUGGUAAAAAAAAAUAUUCUGAUUUUUCUACUUGCAUAAUUAUCUUUCUUUUCUUUUCCUUUUAUACACAUUAAUAAGCAUUAGAGGGCCUUUGCGAAUUAUACUUUUACUUUUAUACUAUAAGUAGUUUUGAAACCAGUACUUUUAAACUUUUACUUGAGUAAAAAAGCUUGAGUUGAUAAUUCAACUUCUACAAAAGUCUUUUUAAACCCUAGUAUCUAUACCUGUACUGUAGUAGUUAAUGUGAAUGCUUUUGACACCUGUUUAUGUUUAUUUUAGCCUCAUAAUUAUUGGCAGCGGCUCUGGUUCUAGUAAACUGAAUCAGAGUGAGAGCUCAUUGAUCUGUUGCCUUAUUUAACUAUCUUUAGCUUGAGCAAUUUAUGAUUUUUAUUAAAUUGUCUUUUUACUGUAAUAAUUGACUCAAAGGGAAUAUUAUCAUCAGAAAGUAACUGCUCUUAGGGUUCACUGUGAAUAUUAAUAUCAGUUUGGUGACAAAUACUAAAAGGUAAAAACGGAAAAAUACGGAUUUAAGGUUAGCUAAGUUUGUUAGCUGCCGCUAGCUUCCCGUUAGCUUGUUUCAGCUAACUGUUAGCUUGUUUUAGUUCCCCGUUAGCUUGUUUCAGCUAACUGUUAGCUUGUUUCAGCUAACUGUUAGCUUGUUUCAGCUAACUGUUAGCUUGUUUCGGCUAACUGUUGGACGGACACAAAGAGGAUGAGUGGAGGCGUCCAGCAGUUGUUCUUCCUCGGCCUUCCUGACCUCAACAAGCUGUGCAGCGUCUCUCUGAGUCUGCAGGACGAAGACGAGGAGCCGCGCAGCAAACAGAUCAAAGCCUGCAGAGAGCUGGUGCUGCUCUACUCUGAUCUUCUGGCCUCUCCAGCUCUGGACUCCUUCACUGAUAUCACUGUGGUCAUGGCUAUCUCGUUUUUCCAGAAAGGAAUCCUGCAGAUGUUUGGACAGAGACGCCGUCUGCAGCUGGGCGGUCCUCAGUGUGUGUCUCCAGGUGUCCUCCAGUGUUGCCUGUCUUACUCUCUGAUCACCAGACUGUCUCCCUGCUGGAACAAAGCCGGACUCUUCCUCAUCGCUGGUAAAGACUUCCUGAGUGAGAACAGGAGGCUCAACGCUGUCAGCAUGGAGAUGAGCACCAGUGAGGGUCAGCUGUGUAUCGGUGUAGAAACCAGCUCUGUCAGACUGCCUCCAACCAGGCUGGAGGACUUUGAUCUCCCUCCGUUGGUUCUCCGGAGGUUCCUCAGUGAUCCUCAGUCUGUUCUCGACCCCUCGUCCACCGGAGGAGCUCUCUGGUGUCACAUCCUGCCCAGCAUGAAGAAAGGUCAGAUUAUCACCAUCAGCCGCCAGAUGCCCAGAGACGGACCCUUUAGAACCUACAGAGACCUGCAGAACCACUGGAACCGCCUGUAUGGCUACCGUCUCCCUGAGCUGUCAGAAGAGCAGGUUGUGUACUGCAGCGUCUACUUCAGGCUGGUGGGACAGAGACUCUUCACCUACCCUCUGAGCUGCGUGCGGCUGCAGCCCGUGCAGCGGCGUCCUCGGGUCGACCUGCCGGCGGCGCUCGGCUGCUUCCUGUCUGACGUCACCGACCGGCUGAAGAGCGUCUGUGGGUUCCCUGCUCGUCUGACUGGGAAACCCCGUCACCACACAGCCAAUCAGAGCUCUGAUACAGUACAGGUGUUAAGAGGGGAGCAGGUUCACUUGACCUCCUCCUCCUCCUCCUCUUCUUCCUCCAUCAGGCCGGGCCUCCCCUUGCUCCCUCCUCCCCGUCCUGUGAAGCCCUCCUCCUGGCCUCCUCUCUCCCAGCAGGAAGGAGGAACUCUGGGUAACGGAUCUGGAUUUGGGAGCCGACUGACCAAGAGUCAAGAGUGUAGAGGAGACGGGCCUUCCUCCUCCUUCACCUCCUCCUCCACCUCCUCCUCCUCACCACACGUUUCCUUCUCCUUUACCAUCUCCUCAGGUUAUCUGUCAGAUCCACCCCUCUCCUCCUCCUCCUCUUCUUCUCCCCCACUCUACCAACCAGCUUCACCCAUCACCACCUCCUCCUCCACCUCCUCCUCCUGUUCUCUCCCACUCCUCCAGCCAGCUUCUUCCCUCUCCUCCUCCUCUUCUUCUCUCCAGCCAGCCUCUUCUGUCACCUCCUUCUCUGCUCUCCCAAUCUUCCAGCCAGCUUCCUCCUCUUCCUCCACCUCCUCCUCCUCUUCUUCUCUCCCACUCUACCAACCAGCUUCAUCCAUCACCUCCUCCUCCUACUCCUCCUCUUCUCUCCCACUUUUUCAAUCAGCUUCAUCCAUCACCUCCUCUUCUUCUCUCCCAAUCUUCCAGCCAGCCUCUUCCCUCACCUCCUCCUCCUCCUCUUCUCUCCCAAUCUUCCGGCCAGCCUCUUCCCUCUCCUCCUCCUCCUCCACCUCCUCCUUCUCCUCCCUCCCCCCUCCCCCUCCCCCGGUGCUCCCUGCUCCCAAACUGGUUCCCAUCUUCGGGAACAGGUGUCCGUCCCGUCAGGUGAACGUGGCCCUGCUGCGCCUCCAGAGGCAGCAGAGGGAGCAGCUGGGAGGAGCAGGAGGAGGCGCAGAGAGGGGGAGGGUGACGUUACCCACCUUCGGGAGGACCACGCCCGCCUCUGCUCCUCCUUCUGGUUCGUCUCUGUCAGCGGCGUCCCUCCCGGCUCCUCCUCCUCGAAUCAUUCCUCGUUUCAACCGUGGCCCCAGACCUCCUCAGCCGGCAGGAGCCCCCAGAGUCAAGCACCUCCCCAGCCUUAGCCCCUCCUCCUGGUCCAAACCCGGGCUCCUCCUCACGACAAAACCUAAACCCCAGUCCAGAACCAGCCCCUCCUCCAGGUCUAAACCCGGGCUCCUCCUCACGACAAAACCUAAACCCCAGUCCAGGACCAGCCCCAAACCCAAACCCGGCUCUGUGAGCAACACCUCCAGUAAAACACAACCUCCAGCUGCUCCUCCUGAACCUCCACGACCUCUGACCCCUACAGAGGGCUCCAGUAAGAAGAAGACCUCCAGCAGCAGCAGAGGGGGAGUCGUGUUUGAAUCUAAACAGAAUAAAUCCAGAUCAGUGAUCGUUGACGUGGAGCAGAUGGCCAGAAGCAACCAGCUGUCCAGGCUGACCUCGUCCUCUCUCCUGUCCUGGCUCAGAGGAAGAGGAGUUGUCGUCGGAGCCAAACACAAGAAGGAGGAGCUGAUGCUGAAGGUCAUGGGCUGUCUGGCCGAGGCCUGACACACACACACACACACACACACACACACACACACACACACACAUACACACACACAGACACACACACACACACACACACACACACACAGACACACACACACCCCUGGUCCUCUCUCAUUAAUAGACUCUGUGUGGAUUUAUAUUUUAAUGCUCUCUCAGCUCCUCAUCUGUAGAAUCAGAACAGCAGACGUCUCGUCUUUUCUCUAAUUGAGAUUCUGAAGAUUUGCCAAAAUUAAAUUCUGGUGUCAGGUGGAGUCACCGUCGGUCCACACACACACACACACACACACACACACACACACACACACACACACACUGAAACACGGGGAAGCGACAAAUUGAAAGUACUAAGUGAAAUCCCCAAACUGAUGGAGGGUUUUUCUUUCUUUCUCUCGUCUCGUUGAAGGUUAGUUUGCAGUUUAAUUCUCCUCCCAGGCGUUCUGUGUUCUCGUUUUUUGAACUAAACUUUUGGCUGUUUUUAUCUCGGUUCAGUCAUCAAAAUGAGUUUUUACCGUCUUUACCUAAAAAACAUUAAAAGGAGGUUAAAGUUCUUUGUUUCCUUUCUCAAAAAACUGUUUCAAGUUUGAAUAUCUUUGUAUUUUUUACAUAAAAUAUGCAAUAUUCUGUAUUCUACAACCCAUAUUGUGUUAUUUAAACAAUAUUUAUACAGUUAUAUUAAAUGCACAGUUAUAUUUAUAUGCUAAAGUUCUGUGUUUGUUUAAAAAAAUGAUUUCUGGAAAGUCCAGUGUGUG